AUUCACCAUUGAAACGCAUUUGCAAGUUAUACAAUAUGGCCUUUGAAAAAGCUGUUAUCAAAGAUGCUGAUAUGGAUGUUCGUAUGCAAGAAGAGGCUAUCAGUGUAGCUGUUACUGGAAUGGAACGACAUGAAGUUGACAAGGAUGUUGCAUCACAUUUGAAACAGUAUUUUAAUAUACACUAUGGACGUACAUGGCAUUGCAUAGUUGGAAAACAAUUUGGAAGCGACAUUUCUUAUGAAGAAGGCAGCUUUUUAUACUUCUUCCUUGGUGACAGAUCGCUUCUGCUUUUCAAGUCAGGUUAACACGAACAACCAAG